AUGUGGAUGCGAGAUUGGAACGGAACUUAUAAAGUGAUAGGGGAGAUUAUCAGAAAAUUGUAUGACUUUGAGUCCAUAGUCGAAACCUUCAGGCUUGUCUGGCUAAAUAAUACUAGCCGUCAAGAUUCUGUUCAGUUACAAAAAUUCCUAAACAUUACUAGCUUAUAUACCAGGUACAAUUCAAUUUUCCCUGACACCUUGAGAACCAUGAAUAUCAUAAAACAAUGGAGUAACCCAAGUUCCCUAUAUUAG